AGCUCUUCUUUGACAAAAAAAAAAACAUAUCUCUUCUAUAUAUAUGAGAUAUUCAAGAAACAUAUAACUAUCAAGCCAAAAAAAAAAAAAAAGCAAAUGUCAGAUGGAACUUGGGGCCUGACCCAUAAACAUUUUCGCGAUUCUGGAUUCUAACCUCCUCAUAAGAAGAGUGCUAUGCUAUAAUGGAGAGUCCGAUAAUGAAGACAUGGAGAAAAAUAAAGACUUUUGGCCAAACGAGCUCUUCAACCACGGCUUCGUUCACAAGAAGCAAGACUUGGAAUGGCUCUGCUCAUCUUGAGGAUGCUAAGAACAGCGAAUCCAUAGGAAAGAUCAAGAAAAAGUGUUUCACCGUUUACGUUGGUCCCAUGAAACAGAGAAUCGUGGUGAAAAUGAAACUUUUGAACCAUCCUUUGUUCAAGAACUUGUUAGAAGCCGCAGAGAACGAAUAUGGAUAUAGACGUGAUGGGCCCAUUGUUCUUCCGUGCGAGGUUGACUUCUUCUUCAAGGUUUUGGCUGAUAUAAAGUCUGAUGUUCAUGGUGAUGAUUAUGAUGACGAUGAUGAUGGUUUGAUUAGUCCUCCGAUUUGCGGGUGGGGUAGUCCCAGCAUGAGAAGGAACGGUUCGUACAAGCUUCUUCGAUCUCCAUCCUUGUUCAAGUGGAAUAGAUUUUGAAUUUCUUUUUUUUUCCCUUUCCAUAAGUUAUUGUUCACAACAUUACCAUAUGCAU